GCAGCAGCAGCAGCAGCAGCAGCAGCAGCAGCAGCAGCAGCAGCAGCAGCAGCAGCAGCAGCAGCAGCAGCAGCAAGGCGCUGGCCGUUCCACUCACCCACAAGAACAGCUGCCACCAGUACCCUGGGGAUGACUAGAGGCCGGACCACAGGCCACAAAAAGAAGAAGGCUACCCCACUUACAGAUGCAGACCAUGUGGGGCUCCGGAGAGCUGCUUGUAGCAUGGUUUCUAGUACUGGCAGCAGAUGGUACUACUGAGCAUGUCUACAGACCCAGCCGUAGAGUGUGUACCGUGGGGGUUUCCGGAGGCUCCAUCUCAGAGACCUUUGUGCAGCGUGUAUACCAGCCUUACCUCACCACUUGUGACGGACACAGAGCCUGUAGCACCUACCGAACCAUCUACCGGACUGCCUACCGGACUGCCUAUCGCCAUAGCCCGGGGCUGACUCCCAGCAGGCCUCGCUAUGCCUGCUGCCCUGGUUGGAAGAGGACCAACGGGCUCCCUGGAGCUUGUGGAGCAGCAAUAUGCCAGCCUCCGUGUGGGAAUGAAGGGAGUUGCAUCCGCCCAGGCCGCUGCCGCUGCCCUGUGGGAUGGCAGGGAGAUACUUGCCAGAUAGAUGUUGAUGAAUGCAGUACAGGAGAGGCCAGGUGUCCCCAGCGCUGUGUCAAUACUGUGGGAAGUUACUGGUGCCAGUGUUGGGAGGGGCAGAGCCCAUCUGCAGAUGGGGUGCUCUGCUUGCCUAAGGAGGGGCCCUCCCUGGUGGCCCCAAGCCCCACGCCAGGAGUGGACAGCGUGGUGAGAGAGGAGGUGUACAAGCUGCAGGCCCGGGUUGAUGUGUUAGAACAGAAACUGCAGCUGGUGCUGGCCCCACUGCACAGCCUGGCCUCUCGGUCCCCGGAGCAUGGGCUACAAGAUCCUGGCAGCCUGCUGGCCCACUCCUUCCAGCAGCUGGACCGGAUUGACUCACUGAGCGAGCAGGUCUCCUUCCUGGAGGAACAGCUGGGGUCCUGCUCUUGCAAAAAAGACCUGUGAUGGCUUCUCAGUGCCCAUGUUGGAUUGAGCUGUUAGCCCUACGUCCCUUCUAGCCUGAGUUCAAGUGCUGUCCGGUGGUACCUGUGAGCAGAAGGCCCUGCUUGUUUAUCCCUCUCUCUUAGGAGGUUCCUAGGCCCUGGGCAUGGGGAGGGGGUCUUGUGUGGCUCUUCAGUGGGGCUUCCGGGAAAGGAAUGAGAUCUCCCUGCCUAAGAAGUGAGGUGGGGGCUGUCUCCACCUUUGUCAUAUUAAAGCUGGGACUUGAGCAGCUGUCACUGGGUGAGUCGGACUGUGUGCACACUGUACUACUGCCAUGUAGGAGCUGCAGUGGGCAGUCCUAAGGCUCUCUUCAGCCUAUGCUGAGGCUGCCAAGCCCGUGGUCUGCACACCCUCCAGUUCUGUGGACCCCGCAUUCACUGAGCAAAGCAAUGCUGGCUGAUCACAGCUCACCUGCAGGCAGUUAGGGAGGAGGGAGCUCAGACACCGCAGCCCCAGGGAUGGAUUCACACACCAUCUUUCCCACCCUUCGUCCCUGGAUGGGGGCUUGGGAAGAACUCUUACCACCCUCUGGUCUCUAGGCACUUCUGAGUUCAUUUAUAAAAAAAAGAACCAAA